GCCCAGCCCGGCUCCAUCUUUCUGGCCGGAUGUGUCCUGAGCCCUGAGUUCGGAGGCUCUGAGGGGCCCUGAGGACUAAGUGUAGGCAGAAGGCGGGCACAAACCCACUGCCCGGGGCUCAGGAGGGACACAGAGCCAGGAUAGACAGGGAGGGUCCCGAGGGAACGCGGUCAGUCGGUGCAAUGUCACCCGCCCAGUGGCCACUUUGUGCCAGGCCUGUGUGAGGCAGUUUCUGUGCCUCCUGGGAGAGGAAUUAGGGCUCCAGUUUUACAGAUAAGGACACGGAACUCAGUGCGGCUGGCUCGUUUGCCCGGCUAGCGAGCGGCAGAGGCAGGAUCUGAACUCGGGAACUGCUCGGAGAUGCUGCCGGGGCCACUGCUCUUCCUCCUGCUGCCCCUGUCUCUGCUGCUGCUGCUGCUGCUGCUGCUGCGGCCGCCACCGGCCACGCUGGGGCAGCCGGGCUCCUGGGAUGCCAGGCUGUCCUGGCUUGCUGACCUCCAGCACCAUGUGGCCCGGGGCGUCCUGGGCUGGGCAGCUGCCUGGCAGCAGUGGAAGCUGGACCAGAGCACACUGCACGUGGGCCAGAGCCAGCAGCAGGCCCUGGCGUGGUGUCUGCAGGGAGACCAGGGUCCCCGCGGUCCCCUCAAGGGGAGCACAGAUGUGAGCACCUUCCGGAAUCUUCUCCCUCUGACCAAGGCCAGCCAGGCCCAGGAAGAAGAAUGUGGGGGGCCGCUCCUGUCUCCUCCCCAAGGCCCGUGCUGUGGCGGGACCUCGUUGCAGGCCACGCUGCUGGGUCUGGGGGCUCUGAACAAGGCCUUCCCAGGAGUGCUGGCUCCGGGAAGCACAGCCCGUGUGACCCCCACAUCGCCGUGGCCCAGUCCCCUCCCCUGGCCUGGGCGCGUUUUGGGCCUGCUCAGCACCCCCAGAGUGACUGACCCCAGGGCCCUGCUGCUGGCGGCCCUGAGGUCCCCAGGGCUGAUGGCGCUGGAGGCCGGGACGGCAACCGAACUCCUGGACGUCUUCUUGGGCCUGGAGGCCAACGGCGAAGAGCUGGCUGCGGCCACAGCUGCCGGGAAGCCGGGUGUCCCGCUGCCUGGCCGGGCAGGCGAGCUGCGCACCGCGCUGGAGCAGGGCCCCCGGGGACUGGCCCUCCGGCUGUGGCCACGGCUGCGGGUGGUGGUGACUCUGGACGCAGGAGGCCAGGCGGAGGCCGCGGCUGCCCUCAGGGCGCUGUGGUGUCAGGGGCUCACCUUCUUCUCUCCGGCCUACGCGGCCUCUGGAGGGGUGCUGGGCCUGAACCUCUGGCCAGAGCAGCCCCCCGGGCUCUACCUCCUGCCCCCGGGAGUCCCCUUCAUUGAGCUGCUCCCAGUCAAGGAAGGAGCGGAGGACGAGGCCGCCGGCACCAUCCUGCUGGCUGAGGCCCAGGAGGACAAAGAGUACGAGCUGGUGCUGACUGACCACGCCAGCCUCACCAGGUGCCGCCUGGGUGACGUGGUGCGGGUGGUCGGGGCCUACAAUCAGUGUCCUGUCGUCAGGUUCACCUGCAGGCUGGGCCAGGCCCUGAGCGUGCGAGGAGAGAAUCUCAGGGAGGACGUGUUCCAGGAGGCCCUGGGCCGGGCCGUGGGGCAAUGGCAGGGGGCCAAGCUCGUGGACCACGGCUGUGCGGAGAGCAGCAUUCUGGACUCCUCCGAGGGCUCUGCACCCCACUAUGAGGUGUUCGUGGAGCUCAGGGGACUGAGGAACCUGUCGGAGGGAAAUCGGGCCAAGCUGGAUCACUGCCUCCAGGAAGUCUCCCCCUACUACAAGUCCCUGCGGUUCCGGGGCAGCGUGGGCCCCGCCCAAGUCCACCUGGUGGGAGCCGGGGCCUUCAGAGCCCUGCGGGCAGCCCUCCGAGCCUGCCCCUCCCUCCGCGCCCCCCCUGAGAUGCCCCGGGUCCUUAGACACAAGCACCUGGCCCAGUUUCUGCACAGGAGGGUGGUGUCCUGAGCCAGGGCCCGCCCACCGCCGGGCUCCCCUUGGGUCUCUCCCCAAGGGGGUCCUUGACCGGUGCUGGGGUCUGCUCUACCCCCAGAGCACGUGGAGGCCACUGUGGAGGAGCUCCCUGUGUCUCCCAGUCAGACAAGUGUUCGGCCACGCUCAUGAGUGCUGGGGGGGGGGGGUGUCAAAGGCCCCAGGAGUGACCCUCAGCGGGUAAGGAACAGGGACCUCCGCGUCACUGUCCCUGAGGGCCCCCACGUGGUCUCUCAGGGGUCCUCAGCCGCCCAUGGCCAUGACCCACUCAUGAACGCACAUUAACGCAGCCCCCCCCCCCACCAUUGUGCUUCCAAAUAAACCUCUUGCG